UUUAGACUUAAUAAUUUCAUGUGACGAUCAUCAUGACAUAUCGGAACUUAUUAUGUAUAUGCAUAUGCACAUGUGCUUGUGUGCUCAUUUUCUCUCCUUUUUUUUCCUCAUUUAGUAUCAAGUAUAUAAUUAUAAAGUGAGUCUUACCAGCCAAACAUCGAGGUGUGUUGGAGAAAGCCUGCUAGAUUAGAGAGACAUGGCUGAGGAGUAUGAUAGCUUGCUGCCCAUUGCCAACGUGGGUCGGAUCAUGAAGAAAAUCUUGCCACCAAGUGCCAAGGUUUCCAAAGAAGCCAAGGAGACGAUGCAAGAAUGUGCAUCUGAAUUUGUAAGUUUUGUCACCGGGGAGGCAGCUGACAAGUGUCACAAGGAGAACCGCAAGACGGUGAAUGGAGACGACAUCUGUUGGGCUCUCAGCUCGCUAGGGUUUGAUAACUACGCCGGGGCAAUUGUCAGGUACUUGCAUAAAUACAGGGAGUUUGAAAGAGAGAGAGCAGCAGCAGCAGCAGAAGCAUCAAACCAAAUUAACAAAGCCACUACAACUACUACUACUACUACUACUAGCCAACAAGACUGCACAGAUCAUAAGGCCGCCUCAUCAAGCUCUGAAGAUGAUCAACAUGAUCAAUUGGAGUUCUUCAGUGUUCUCCAAAAGGGAGUUACUUCCUCCUCAAAGUCUUCUUCAAAUCCUGAACCUAACUACCAAUAAUCAAGCUGCUCAUGAACAAAGAUAUAUAUAUAUAUAUCUAUCAUCAGGUUUUUCUUCUUUGUCUUCUUUGUUUGUAUUGAGCUUGGGAAGAAUUAAUGUUACUGAACAUGAGAAUGGACAGUUUGGCUUGUGAUAUUUGGAUCUAGAGGGGUUGUGAUGAGAGACUCUCUCUCUCUCUCUCUCUCUCUCUCUCACACACACACACACACACAUUUGCAUUGCAUUGUUCCUCUUGCCUCACUGGAACUUCUUCUUCCACUGUGAUAUAUUAAUAUUUCUCUUCAUAUAUAUAUGUACAACCAUGAUGGCUCUUUGUUUUUCUCACAUCUGCUUCUUUUAUAACUCGUAGUGUAGGGCUACCCUUCUCCUUUGUUUCUUGCUCGCCUCCAUUUGAGAUGCUGAUAUAUAUAUAUAUAUAUAGCUUAAUUAAGAGCUGUGUUGAUCUAUAUAUGCUUUUAAUUUCCUCUAAUUGGCUUUGUGUUUCUUCUGAUCUUCUUUUACACACAAUUAUUGAUCUGGGGGAUCCGACUAGAUGGAUUAAUUAUAUACAAGAUCAAAAGUUCUAUUGCUAAUUAGUUUCUAGCUACAUAUAAAUCCCUCCUCCUCGGUAAAUUAAUUAUUUGUAGAACCCUAGUCCAACAAGAGCUAGCUGUUCUCAUAUGUAGAACACAUUCUGAUCUAGUUUCCUCCCUGCAGUGAUACAAGUGACAAUAGCCAUCUCUCUCCUUUCUCCCCAUUAAACCCUACUCAAAACAGACCCGUUUAUGUGCAGGUGUAUAACCCAUAUUCAGCUGUAGAGUAGAGGAUUUUUCUCAUUUUAAUACAAAAUCAAUCUCUCUCUCUCUCUCUCUCCCUCCCUCCCUCUUAUUUGAGUUGGAAACCCUAGGCCAAAAAGAACAAGUUAUAGAUACACAAGCAUUUUCUCAUUGUAAAACAAGAACUACCCAACUCCUCGCCCCACCCCCCUCCCCCUCUCAAUUGAUAUGUUUUUCUUAAUAAGUGGGAGAGGACUCACUUUAAUAAAUAUUAGGAUUUAGGACUUUCUUUCUGAGGUUCAUUAAUGAGAAUAAAUUUUAAUUUCUUCUGUCGGCGUUUCUCUAAAUCAAUCUUAUCCUCCUCCUCCACCUUCCCUCGAACCCUCCCUUGUACACCUUUCCCCUUCCCAUCUUGAUUCCCGGUCCCAUUUGAUGGUUUGCCAGUUGAUUCUCCACCAAGUGAUUUAAUUCCCCUUUAAUAAUUUCGCUUCUCUCAUAUCUUGCCCUCUUCUCCGACCCUUCCUGCAGUUCCCUGACCCCCACCUUCUUAUCAAACCCUAAAUCCUAUACCACUACGUACUACACACACACAGCCCCUACAUCAUCUGCUCUUUGCCACAGUUCCAACUACAGCUCCCAGUUGUAGCACUAUUACACUCAGUGGAGGCAGCAAUAUUCAUGGAAUUCAGGGAAGCUCCUAGGCCAUUGUGCAUUUUCAUCUCUACCCCUAUAUAUCUAUAAUGCCCUUCUUGGGGGCUUCUUUUUCUAUUUUUCUGCUGUAAAGAGCCACUAGAAGGCAGUCAUUGUAUUUUUCUGCUUUUGCUCCAUCAUCAAAGAGGAGGAGAAUGCCUUACCUGCUUGUUUCUUGUUUUUGCUUUUCCAAUUUGGGCUCCGGCUUUUGUCUUGUAUUGGGCAGUUUCUGUUGGUUUUCUUAAUCCAAGUAUAUAUAUACAUAUGGUUUA